CAUGGGGUCGACCAAGUUUACAAAUCCAUAUGCUAUUGAAGUAAUCCGGAGUAGAAGGAAAGAGCUGGUAGGUGGCAUCGACAACACCGAAGACUUACUGGAACUUCUAGUCUCUAAUGGAGUCCUCCUACCUGAGAACAGAGUUCUUGUGUCAAGAAUUACAGCACAAGAGGAAAAGAACUCCAAAAUGCUUAACCUCCUGGUGUCACGAGGGGAACGAGCAUGUCGCAUCUUCUUCUACCCCUGCCUGAAGAGUGCUCAACCUGAGCUCUACCAGAAUAUAAAAACCUAUGUGAGCCAGCUGGAUGAAAACAUUAAGGAUACACGAAGGCAGUUGAUCGGAUAUCUGAUAGAAAAGGAUAGACAAUGGCCAGUUAAAAAGAUUCAGGACCCCUCUGAGAACCUACUGAAGACAGAAGAUGAGCAUAAAUCAAAAAAGACAGAGUCUCCUUCUGCAUCAGAUGAGUUAAAAAAGAGCUUUGUAAGACCUGAAGAAUCAUUAAAUACAAUUUUCAAAGCGGUGUCCUCUGGUAAUCUGUUUCUAUUUCAGGAACUUAUAAGAAGCAUAAAUAUCAAUGACACAAAUGCAUCCUUUGGUACCAUCCUACACCUCGCUGCAGAACACGGCCAGGUGUCAAUUAUAAACUUUUUGCUUCAUCGAGGAGCGAAACUGGAUUUGAGGGAUCACUUAGGUCGCACUGCUCUCCACAAGGCAUCAGAGAACGGGCACAUGGCAGCUGUAGUGGCUCUUGUAAGGGCUGGAGCUGAUAUCUAUGCCACAGACCAAGCGUCUAAAACCCCCCAGCACCUAGCGGCACAAAAUGGGCAUGAUGAUGCAGUCAGAGCACUUCUCCUGGAGGAAAGAAGAAGCUUUAAGAACCAGACAACAUUCCUUCACAUGGCGGCAGUAGACGAUGACUCUGUGCUGGCAGAAAUCUUACUGAGAAAUGGUUCCUCAGUAGACACGCGAGAUUCCCAGAGGAAGACAGCACUGUUUUAUGCCAUUAGCCGAGGAAAUGAAAAAACAGCUGCUGUGCUCCUUCAAGCUGGAGCUCAGGUAGAUUGUGAGAUUAUCGAUGCUGCAUUCGAGCUAAACAGAAAGACUGUGCUGUCUCUGAUUCUGAGGAACCAUAAGACAGCAAUGUCUCAAAACGAAGUCAAAUCUAUUCUGUUCAAAGCAGUACAGAGGAACUUGGAUGGAGUUGUGACUGCUCUUGUCGAGAAUGGAGUUGAUGUUAAUGUUUGCAAUGACCUGGGUUACACACCGCUGCUCCUAGCCAUCGAGCUGAGCAAUUUGGAGGUGUUUAAAGUGUUGGUCUCAAAUAAAGCCCAGCUGGAUACAAGGCUGCCUAAUCAGAUGUCUGCUCUUCACCUGGCCAUCCAGAGUGGCAGUAUGCCAAUAACAGAGAUAUUACUAGAUAUGGGCAUGGACCCCAACAUAAUUGGCCACAAGGAGCAGACACCUCUUCAUCUUAGUGCCUUACACAACCAACCUGCUCUGAUGGCCCUGUUGCUCAACAAAGGUGUUCAAAUUAAUGCAGCGACUCAGGAUGGAUUCACUGCCCUACAUCUUGCAUGCCAGAGUGGACACAAAGAGGCUGUGGCCCAGUUGCUAGAAAGAAAGGCAGACCUCCAUGCACAGGACAGACAGGCUAGGACGGCGUUACACUGGGCAGCUGCUCAAGGUGACGUAGGCAUUGUAAAGCUGCUUCUUUUUGAUGGAUCCAAUGCCAAUGCUGUUGAGAAAGACAAAAAGACUCCAUUACACCUGGCGGCAACGGCAGGACACGCUCAGAUCGUCUCAACCCUGCUUACUGCAAAGGCAAAAAUUGCAGCAAAAGAUAUGGAUGGCUGUACAGCUCUGCACUAUGCUGCCAGGAAUGGGCACGUACAUGUGGCAGCUGCUCUUCUCACCUCAGGUAGGAGUAAAAAAGUGGAUGAGAGGAACGUUUGGAGGAGGACACCUCUACAUUUGGCUGCAGAACACGGGCAAGAGCUCGUGGUUGAACUGCUGCUGGAAACACAUGCCAAGAUCAAUGCCGCUGACAAUAAUAAAGACACACCGUUGCACUGGGCUUGUCGAUCAGGGCAUCUGGGCACGGUGCAAAGACUGCUGAACUGGACUCAUGGGGAGAAGGUAAACCUCCAGGCUACUAACAAUGUGAGGAAAACACCCCUGCAGGUGGCAGAAGCUAAGGAUUCUUCAAACCACCAGGGCAUUGUUAUGCUGCUCAAGAGAAAGAUGUUUCUUAUUAAAUAA